AUGAAGAAUGUCCGCAGACCCAAGGGAAAGAAGAGAUCACAAGAACAAGCCCAAGAAUUUAUCUAUUACAACUGGCGAUCUUGGCUACCUCUCUCUUUGUUCCUCCUCUUCUUCCUUGGCUUGUAUAUCUACUCACGCUUUGCUGGCCCCCUGGGGCUGACAAAUUCGGCAAAUGUAAAAUCAACAGCGGCUUGGUGUCCGAGUUAUUUCCGAUGGAUCCAUGAAGACUUAAACCCAUGGAAAGACACCGGAAUCACACCGGAGAUGGUGAAGACGGCACAGGAGGACGCCGAUUUCCGUUUGGUAAUAGUGAAUGGAACGGCCUACGGGGAGGUUUACUCCGAAUCCCGUUCUGAGAAAGCUAAUCUCACCUUGUGGGGGAUUGUCAAUUUAUUAAGGAGGUACCCCGGUCAAGUCCCUGAUUUGGACCUUAUGUUUUACACUGGUGUCCGGCCCGUUAUUAAGAAGGAGCUUUACACUGGGCCUGGUAAAGAGGCCCCUCCGCCGUUAUUCACUUAUGCGGGAGAUGAUGCUUCCUUGGACAUAGUUUUUCCAGAUUGGUCAUUCUGGGGAUGGCCUAAUCGGAAUAUAAAACCAUGGGAAGAAAUGUUAAAGAAGCUCGAAGAAGGCAAUAGACGGAGCAAGUGGGUAGAUAGGGACCGACAUGCAUACUGGAUAGGAGCUCUGAGUUCGGCAGAGAGGAUGGAUUUGGCAAAAUGUAACGUUUCCGACCAACAUGAUUGGAGUGCACGUAUCUUUAGCGUGGACUGGAAUGAGGAAAAGAAGCAAGGUUUCAAGCACUCGGAAUUCGAAAGUCAAUGCACCCACAGAUAUAACAUCUACAUGGAAGGAGUUGGUUGGUCAGCAGAUGAAAAAUACAUUCUUGGCUGUGAUUCAGUGGCUUUAGGAGUGAAACCUCGUUUCUACGCGUUCUACUCCAGAAAUCUGAUGCCUUUGCAACACUAUUGGCCCAUAAAUCCUGAUGACAAAUGCCGUUCUAUUACGUAUGCUGUUGAAUGGGGUAACGCCCGCAUGGACGAGAAAAUAUCGUUGAUGAAGAAUCCCGCACUAAAUGCAAUCGCUUACUGUCAUUCGCGACCGUCAUUGGCUCUAUCAUUCUUAUUUGUUUUGUGCACCAUUGUUUUCGCCUACUACUACGCUUGGUUCUUCCAGUUCUCCAAUAAUAAUCAGCUUGGGAAUUUCACCCAGUUAUUAUCGGGCGUCAGGUUUUACAAAUCGGAUGUUAAUGAAGACUCGAACGUUAAGCCCACGAGUAAUCAGCCCGAAUUUCCAUUGAUUUGCACAGUUGGGAAUGUCACGGUGCGAACAUGCCCGGCGAGCUACUACCCGGCUAGAUUUCCGGCAGCUCAGGUGGACCAUAAUCUAGAUCCGGCAUCCCAACCGAUGUGUCCUGAUUACUUCCGAUGGAUUCACGAAGAUCUAAUGCCUUGGAGGGAGACCGGAAUCACCUUAGACAUGGUAGAGAUGGCUAAGAAGAGAAACCCUAAAAGGGCUCAUUUUCGAUUAGUUAUAGUGAAUGGUACGGCUUACGUGGAGACGUUACGACGGUCGUUCCAAACCAGGGACAAAUUUACACAAUGGAGUAUUCUACAGAUGUUACGGCGAUACCCUGGUAAAAUCCCUGAUUUGGAUCUCGUUUUUAACUGCGAGGACAAACCUGCCAUUAUCAAAGAAUUUUACCCCAGUAAAGAUGCCCGCGCACCACCGCCUUUGUUUGGCUAUGACAGAGAUGAUGCCAGUUUGGACAUUGUGUUUCCAGAUUGGUCUUUCUGGGGAUGGCCUGAAAUUAACAUCAAGCCAUGGGAGACAUUGAAAAGGGACCUAAAAGAAGGGAAUGAAGAGAGUCAGUGGGUGGAAAGGGAACCAUAUGCCUACUGGAAGGGGACAGCUAAACUUGCUCCAUCAAGGAUGGAUUUGCUCAGGUGCAAUGCUUCGGAGAAACAGGAAUGGAAUGCUCGUAUUUACGAUCAGGACUGGAAAAGUGAAACCAAAAGUGGAUUCAAAGCAUCCAACUUGGCCAGCCAAUGCACACACAGAUACAAGAUUUACAUUGAAGGAAUUGGAUGGUCAGUGAGUGAAAAAUACAUCCUGGCAUGCGACUCUGUCACGUUAUUAGUGAAGCCACGUUACUACGAUUUCUUCUCCAGGGGAUUGAUACCUUUACAGCAUUAUUGGCCAAUUAGAGUUAAAGACAAAUGCAAAGCAAUUAAACACGCAGUUGACUGGGGCAACAGCCACCCCGAAGAGGCACAGGCAAUGGGACGGGCGGCGAGUAAAUUCAUUCAAGAGGAGCUGCAAAUGGAAUACAUCUAUGAUUAUAUGUUUCAUCUGUUGACGGAGUACGCUAAACUUCUGAAAUACAAGCCAACUGUUCCUCCGAAUGCAGUUGAACUCUGUUCUGAGGCAAUGUUCUGUACGGCCAGGGGAUUGAUGAAGGAUUUUUUCAUGGACACUGUGGUUAUGGGUCCGUCGGAUACAGAGCCGUGCAAACUUCCGCCUCCUUUUGAUGCUGGAACUCUGCUCUCGGUUCUAGAAAGGAAUGAGAAUGCAAUCGAGCAAGUGGAGGAUUGGGAGAAUCAAUAUUGGGAUAGCCAGAAAAGGGGGGCAGCAACAGCCCAGAGGGAAAGGAAUAAUAGCCUUUCUUUUGAGAAUUCACAAAUGUCGCAGAAGCAAAUUACAGAUCAUUCAAAGGUGAGGGAUGCAAAUGGAAUUCUGUAUCGACACUGGCGAUUCACAAUCUCCAUGGUGUUCUUGCUCAAUGUUUGCCUUGCCGUAUUCAUGUCCAUCCAAUUGCUCUCCUCUAAUUCAAUCAGUGGGUCAAUUUGUUCCAGCAAAUCAAUACUGGCUGGGAUCACUUUUUCUAAGAACCCUCUUAGACCUUGGAAGAAGAAGUCCUACAACAAUGCAAAUCAAAUUGACUACUCAUUGAAUUGCCCGGCAACCGGCGCUAACGCCACCGCAAUCACUUGUCCGGCGAGUUACUUGCCGUCAAACUUUCUUACCCAAGAUCACAACGAAGAAGACGAAGCAGCCAAAGAUCAAAAUCAGCCCACCUGUCCAGAGUACUUCCGGUACAUCCACGAAGAUCUAUCGCCAUGGAGAGAAUCCGGAAUCACAUUAGCUAUGGUGGAAGCGGCCCUGAAAAAAAUUGUCCAUUUCCGAUUGACCAUAGUGAAUGGUACAGCUUACGUGGAGACUUACAGAAAGACGCUCUUUCAAACCAGAGAAUUUUACACUCAGUGGGGAGUUUUACAGCUGUUGAGGCUUUACCCGGGUAAAAUACCUGAUUUGGAUUUAAUCUUCUACGCCGGGGACCGCCCUUCCGUCGGCAUUCACAGGGGCGCACCGCCGUUGUUCGGUUACGACGGCGAUUAUUACACCAUGGACAUUGCUUUUCCAGAUUGGUCUUUCUGGGGAUGGCCUGAAAUCAGAAUCAGGGGAUGGGAGUAUUUGUCAAAGGAGUUAAAAGAAGGUAACGAGAGAAGAAGAUGGGUGGACAGGGAAAGGCGAGCUUACUGGAAAGGGAACGAAAAAAUGUCAGAAUCCCGGAGGGAAUUGCUCAAGUGCAAUGUUACAGAGAAACAGGACUGGAACGCUAUGAUUUACACUCAGGAUUGGAAAAGUGAAUCGAGGGAAGGUUUCAAGAAUUCCAGAUUGUCAGAUCAGUGUAAACACAGAUACAAAAUUUAUAUAGAAGGAAUUGGUUGGUCAGUGAGUCAAAAAUACAUUCUAGCUUGUGACGCUGUAACUUUGCUAGUGACUCCACGUUACUACGAUUUCUUCACCAGAAGUCUAAUGCCAUUGCAACAUUACUGGCCAAUUAGAGUUGAAGAUAAGUGCAGAUCAAUUAAGUAUGCUGUUGACUGGGGAAAUAGCCAUCCCCAAGAGGCACAGGCUAUUGGGAAGGCAGCCAGUGAUUUUAUUCAAGAGAAUCUGCAGAUGAAAUACAUCUACGACUACAUGUUUCACCUAUUGACAUCUUACGCUAAGCUUCUGAGGUACAAACCCAGUAUUCCUCCGAAUGCGGUGAAAAUUUGUCCCGAGUCAUUGGCCUGUCCCGCUGACGAAAUGGUGCGGCAAUACAUGAAGGACUCUGCCGUAAAAUCACCCUCCGAUGUGCCUCCGUGCACCAUGCCGCCUCCUUAUGAUCCUCCCACUCUUAGGUCCAUCAUGGCAAAGAAAGAGAAUACUUUGAAGCAAGUGGAGGAAUGGGAAAAACUAUACUGGGAUGCUCACAAAUCAUACCGGUCGGUAGAAAGCCCGGCGAGCCACCGGAAGGAGGGAGAGGAAAUGAAGAUAGGUGAAUGGGUGGAAAGUUUCGGGGAAGCUGUGUCAGGGUUUACCGACAAGAUACGUUUUCCGACAUGGGUUGCUAUGAAUUGGAGUUUAGGAAGAUGUUCUUCGAUGGCGUUGUUGUUGCUCUUCUUCAUCACACUCUCUGUUGCCGCUUUCUUCUCUACUCGUUUGCCCGAUUCUUCUGGCAGCUUCAAUUCUUCAAUACUUGGAAAUAACUCUCUGAAAUCACUAUUCGCCGGCUUCAUAUCCCCAAACUACCCUCCGAAGUCGCAACAAUUCCCCCUCAACUGCUGGGCUGCUAACUUAACAAAAUCAUGCCCAUCAAGCUACUACCCGUCUAAUUACACGACGCGAAAACGGCCCAAUCAAAGCCCAUUACAACAACCCAAGUGUCCAGAAUACUUCCGCUGGAUCCAUGAAGAUUUUUGGCCGUGGAGAGAGACCGGAAUCACGGCGGAGAUGGUGGAAGUGGCUAAGGCAUUGGAGUCGGCUAAAUUCCGGUUAGUAGUCGUGAAUGGGACGGCUUACUUGAAGACUUACAGACGUGCAUUUCAGACGCGAGACGUUUUCACCCAGUGGGGCAUCCUACAGUUGCUCCGGUUGUACCCGGGUCAAAUCCCUGAUUUGGACUUGGUUUUCGGCGGCGGAGAUCGCCCCACCGUUCCAAGAGAUACGUACCCGGAUCCCAAUGUCAAAGCUCCUCCGCCACUAUUCAGUUACGACGGCGAUGCUUCCACCGCUGACAUUGUUUUUCCGGACUGGUCAUUCUGGGGAUGGCCUGAAAUUAAUAUAAAGCCAUGGGAGACGUUGUUGAAGGAGCUCAAAGAAGGAAAUGAACAGAGCAACUGGACAGACAGGGAACCUUAUGCAUAUUGGAAGGGCAACCCAAAUGUUUCUCCAAACAGGAUGGAUUUGGUCAAGUGCAACGUUUCAGAUACGCAGGACUGGAAAGCUCGCAUUUAUGCUCAGGCACAGGGCAUUGGCAAAGGAGCUAGUAAAUUCAUUCAAGAAGAACUACGGAUGAGUGAUGUUUAUGAUUACAUGUUUCAUCUCUUGACAGAGUAUUCUAAGCUGCUAACAUACAAACCGGUUGUUCCAUCGGGAGCAGUAGAACUCUGUUCAGAAUCUAUGGUCUGCGCAGCUGAGAUAAAGGAACGGCCGGAGAAAUCAAUCGCGAUGAGGAUACAUGAAAGGGUAGAAAAUACUGUGAACGCUGUUUCAGAGGCAUACCGGAAUUUUUCCGACAGAAUAUGGUUUCCAGCAUGGUCAGGAGGUUCCAAAAACGGUGGAAAUUUAGGAAGAUAUUCUUCCUUGGCGUUACUCUUCUUGAUCUUGCUCUCUGUUGGUGUUUUCUUCUCUGCCCGUUUCAUGGAUUCUUCCAUAACUAUUACUGAUUCAAUUGCCGGAAAUAACUCACUAAAAUCACUGUUUUCCGGCCCGAAAUCCUUAAAAUACCCUCCUGUGGAGUUGGACAAAAGUAAAGCCCAAUUCCCCCUCAACUGCUGGGCUGGAAACGUUACAAAACAGUGCCCAUCAACUUACUACCCGGCCCACUACACGGCAAGAAAUCAAAAUGAAAGCCCAGAGAAACAGCCCCAGUGUCCGGAAUACUUCCGAUGGAUCCAUGAAGAAUUAUGGCCGUGGAGGGAGACCGGAGUCACGGGGGACAUGGUGACGGCGGCUGCGGCUUUGGGUUCAGCUGAUUUCCGGUUAGUAAUCGUGAACGGGACGGCUUACUUGCAGACGUUCAAACGGUCUUUUCAAACCAGAGAUAUCUUCACCCAGUGGGGAAUUCUACAGUUACUGCGUUUGUACCCGGGUGAAAUCCCUGAUUUGGACUUGGUUUUUAACUGCGGCGAUCAUCCGUCGGUACCCAAAGAAACUUACCGGAAACCCAACGCACAAUCUCCACCGCCCCAAUUCAGUUACGACGCCGAUGAUACCACCACUGAUAUUGUUUUUCCAGAUUGGUCAUUCUGGGGAUGGCCGGAAGUUAAUAUAAAGCCAUGGGAGAGAUUGUCGAAGGAGAUCAAAGAAGGAAAUAAGGAAACAGAAUGGAAGAAGAGGGAACCGCAGGCCUUUUGGAAAGGGAACCCAUAUGUUUCACCGAAUAGGGUGGAUUUGCUCAAGUGCAAUGUUUCCGGCAAGCAGGACUGGAAUGCUCGCAUUUAUACUCAGGAUUGGGUUCGAGAAAUACAGCAGGGUUUCAAAAGUUCAAACUUAGCAACCCAAUGUAAGCACAGAUACAAGAUUUAUAUAGAAGGAAGAGCGUGGUCCGUCAGUGAGAAAUACAUACUUGCCUGCGAUUCACCCACUUUACUAGUGAAUCCACGUUAUUACCAUUUUCUCUCCCGGAAUUUAAUGCCACUGGAACAUUAUUGGCCCAUCAGAUCAGAUGACAACAAAUGCCGAUCCAUUAAAUUUGCUGUUGAAUGGGGCAAUAAACAUCAGCGGGAGGCACAGGGCAUCGGCAGAGCAGCUAGUAAAUUCAUUCAAGAGGAACUACAGAUGAAAUACAUCUAUGACUACAUGUUUCAUCUGUUGACAGCGUACGCUAAGCUUCUAACUUACAAACCUGUUGUUCCUCCGGGUGCAGUACAACUGUGUUCAGAAUCUAUGGCCUGCGCCGCAGAGGUUCAGCAGCAGUUGGGUAGCAACUGA